AUGGACGCGGCGGCGGCGGCGGCGGCGGACGCGCGGGGACACGACACCGUCGCCGUGACGCGCGCGACGCUGCGCAGGGACCCGCGCGCGCGCGGGGUCGCGCCGUCCGCGCCGCUCGAGGUCGCGCUGACGCUGGACUACGACGGAACGUCGACCGUCGCGGCGGCGGCGGCGGCGGCGUUGAGAACGCGUCUCGUCGCCGGCGCGCCGAAGGGGGUGGAGCGCCAACUCGCGAGGGCGCGCGCGGGGGAGGGCAAGAAGCGCGCGCGCGAGGCGACGCGGCAGGGGAGCCUCGUCGACGCGUUCGCGCGGCAGUCAGUCGCCGCGCUGGUCGCCGCGCUGGAGCGCGCGGAGGAGAAAGACGGUUCGGCGCCGCGCGUCGGCGCCGGGCUCGCCGCGGCGGUCGAGGAGGUCUCCACGUGGCGGCUGUGCGGCGGCAGCGGAGGCCUUGGCGACGGCGGCGGCGAAUGCCACGUCAGCGGACGCCACGUCAGCGGCCGCCGCCACGUCGGCGCGCGAGGCGGCGACGCGUGGGCGACGCUCGCGUGCGCGUUUUUCGCGUGCGCGGAGGAUUCGCGCGCGAUCGCGACGCUGUUCGCCGCCGCCGUGGACGCGGCGCGACUGACCGCAACGACGGAAGAUGGAACGUCAACCGACGCGGUGGAAGACGUCACCGAGCUGACGUCCCUCGUCGCCGCCGCCGCGGGGUGCGAGGCGUCGUGGAGAGGGAACCGCGAGGCGGCGCGCGCCAAGCUGACGCAGCUCGAGAUCGCGGAGGCGUACGCGGAGAUCGCACAGAAACCGCCGCCGCGCGCGUUGACGCGAGAGCAGCGCGCGAUCGUCGCCGCAGAGCUGACGGGCGCGGGCGGCGGCGGCGGCGGAGGAAAAAAUCCGCAUCCGCGCGAUCGUCGCCGCCCGCCGCGGACGAUGAUCGUCAGCGCGUUCGCGGGGACCGGGAAGACGUCCACGCUGAUCGAGUACGCCCGGCGACGGCCCGGGUACGCGUUCGCGUACGUCACGUUCAACCGCGCCGUGUGCGAAGACGCGAAGACGCGGUUUCCGGGGAACACGACGUGCGUCAACUUUCACUCGCUCGCGUUUCGAAAGUGCGGGUUUCAGUACCAGAACACGCCGGGGAAGCUGCUGCGCGGGACGCUGCGGCCGUCGCACGCGGCCGCGGCGUUGAACCACCACCUAAACCACCGCGGGACGGGGACGGCCGCCGAGAAAAUCGCGUCCACAGACGAUCGCCUCGCGUUGGCGCUUCGAACGUUAAACGCGUUUUUAAUCUCGGAAGACGACGCCGUUGACGCGACCAAGCACGUCCCUCCGAAGCGCGAGUGGGUGGCGACGACCAGGCCCGCCAACACACACGCCGCGCGCCGCGAGGUGAAGACGUCGAGCGAGGAGCUCGCGUCGUUCGCGACCACGCUGUGGGAUGCGAUGAAGGACAAGGGGAACGCGACGAUGCCGAUGACGGACGCGGGGUUGGAUUACGACUACGACGUCAUCAUGCUCGACGAGGCGCAAGACGCGAGCCCGGUGAUGUGGAGCGUGGUGAAGAAUCAGGACGCGUGCGGGAAGAUUCUCGUGGGGGAUCCAAACCAGGAGAUUUACGGGUUCGCCGGCGCGAAGAACGCGAUGGACGCGGCGGCGGCGGCGACGCCCGCGGAGCAUCUCACGCGCCGGACGCUUUCCGUCUCGUUUCGGUUCGGGCCGGAGAUCGCCUCCGUCGCGUGCUCGUUGCUCGCGCUGAAAGGGUCCGCGGACGCGGUCGUCGGCGCGCGGAGGGCGGACGUCGACGAAGAAGCGGGGGGAGAAGUCGCCGCCGACGCCGCCGCCGACGCCGCCGCCGUGCGCGUCGCGACGGCCCCGAUCUCCCUGAUCAAGACGUUCAUCCCGCCCCUGACAACCCAUGCGCCGUCUGAUGCGCCGUCUGAUGCGCCGUCGGCGCCGGCGGCGUCUCUCGCGCGUCCUCGGAAGAAGAAGCGCGAGCAGCUCGUCGUCCUGUGCCGCUCGAACGGCUCGAUGUUCGACGUCGCGGGACAGGUAGCGGAAGUGGUCGCGGAAGAGGACGAUAAUUUUCACGAUGUGAUAUUUCCCGAUUGGAAGCCUUCGGCGAAUCCGAAGAUCGCGUUCGUCGGCGGCGAAGAGGCGCUUCGACUCGAUCAGCUCGUCGACGUGUGGCGCCUCGCGUUCGGCGACCUCGACGACUUGCACCGCGUCGACGACAAGUACGUGCGCACGUUCGCGCGGAGACUCGUGGAGGACAGCGGGUACCCCUUUCACCACCCGGAGUGGACCCGCGACGUCGAUAAGCGGCUCGAGGGCCUCGCGCGCGCCACCGCGGCGCAGCGCGACGCGGAGAUGUCCUCGAAAAUUGCCAUCGUUCGACGCUUUGGAAAACGUCUUCCCGAGCGCGUGCGCGCUAUUCGACGAGCGACGGUGCCGGACCGCGACGACGCGCACGUCGUGCUGUCCACCGCGCACAAGAGCAAGGGGCUGGAGUUUGAUACCGUUCUGCUGUGGGACGAUUUCGUCGACGUCGGCGCCGUCCGCGCGACGACGACGACGACGACGACGACGUCGACGAACGUCGCCGCCGCGACGCGUUUCACGGUGCCGAUACACAACGCCCAAGGAGGAAACGAGUUCGGGUUCGACUUUGAGGAGGAGGAGGACGUCGACCCGGACGAGAUCAACCUCGUGUACGUCGCCGCCACGCGCGCGAAGAAGAGGCUGUAUCUGGUGCGUUCUAUCUCACGCUGGUCCCCAUACGACCGCGUUCGCGUGGUGAACGCCGUUACUUAA